AUGAUAAGUCAGCAUUUCAAAGGUCAAAGCUAUUCAAAUAAGCAAAUAGCAUUAGCAAGUUGUAAGGAAGUUGAACCCUAUAAGUAUAUAAAUUCUCAAGAUAGGUUUUUAGGAACAAAACUUCUACCAAUUUAUGAAUAUACUACUAAACUUUAUGGUAAAAUUACCCAAGAAGAUUAUGAGUAUGCUCAAAAAAUUUGGAAGGAAUUUGGAUGCAAAAAUUUAA